AUGGCGAAAGCUUCCAAGGGCCACCACGAUGAAUUUGAAGACGAUGAUGAAGAGUCUCAUGGAGGGAAUUUGGCAGUGAAGGUAGAAGGGCAAGGCAGGGAAAAGAACCGGUCCAAGCAUUCCGAGACUGAGCAGCGUAGGAGGAGCAAGAUUAAUGAGAGAUUUCAGAUGUUGAGAGAUCUCAUACCCAAAAAUGAUCAGAAAAGGGAUAAGGCCUCAUUCUUGUUGGAGGUUAUAGAGUAUAUACAAUUUUUACAGGAGAAGGUAAAUUUGUAUGAGGGAUACCAAGGAUGGAGUCCAGAGCCCACAAAAUUGAUGCCAUGGAAAAAUCAUAAUAGGCCUGGAGAAAAUUUUGUAGAUCAGUCUCAAGUUAUGAACAAUGGUUCUGGUCAUGAGAAUAAUGCAGUUGUCUCUCCAGCAAUGCUCCCCAACACCCAUAACUCAGUGGAAUCUGACUUGGGCUCUGGCGUUGUUUACAAAGCAUUGGAUCACAUACCUGGGUUAGCUACUCGAUCAGUUCCUAAUGUGCAACAACAAAACAUCUUUGACCCAAUUGGGAGUGUUGGACUACCCACACAACCUCUGCAGGAAUCUAUUUCUGAUGCUGAGAACAUGACUUCCAAUCCUCCAUACCAAUUGUGGCAGGGUAUAACAUCUACAACUGCUUCAGACGAUAAACUGAAGAAACAGGAUGAAAAUAAUGGAUCAGGUAGCAUCUCAAGUGCCUACUCUCAAGGGGUAUUGAACAGUCUGACACAGGCACUGCAAUCUUCUGGUGUGGAUUUGUCCCAGGCCAGCAUCUCGGUUCAAAUUAAUGUUGGGAGUCGAGUAGACAGUGGACUGACAUCCAUGGCAUCUAGUUCAAAGGCACAAUUGAACCAAUCCUUGAACAAUCAAAUGACACAGACCCAAGUAAGCAGUUGUGAUGAGGACUUUGAACCGGCUCAUAAGCGGUUCAGAACAGGAGAAAGCUAG